UGGAGAGACUGCUGGGAAGCUGGCGGAUUAUGAGGCGGGGAUUCCAGUGUCCCAUGUAUUGGUCCAGUGUCCAAGGGUCGCCUAACCCCUCCGUUAUCACUUCACUAUAACAACACAUCAGCUUUAACUGGCAUCUCCCCUCAGUGACUGCUUGGCUCUCAGCGCCGCAGUCUGCAGUGGGCCGACUGAAGUGAGCCUCUCAGACUCGCUUUGAUUCUUUCUGUGGUGAUUGUUGGUGCGGAUUUGUCUCAUAACAUGAGAUACGAUGCGAAUUCGGACCGGGAUCGCCUUGGUUUUUCUCGCAGCUUUAACAUUUGUUGCUGCUGAGGAUGGAGAUAGCAAAGAAAGCGUGAUCGAACAGUUAGUUGUGGAGACAUUGGUGAAGCCGGAGACAGGCACGAUAAGAUCCGAGACGGGAGACACGCUUCAAAUCCAUUACACGGGUCGAUUAAUGGACGGGAAAGUGAUUGACACCUCUCUGUCUCGUGAGCCUCUGGUCGUAGAGUUGGGCAAGAGGUCUGUCAUCACAGGUCUAGAGCAAGCCCUGGUCGGAUUGUGUGAAGGACAAAAAAAUCAAGGCCACGAUUCCAGCUCAUCUCGCGUAUGGAAAGAGAGGAUUCCCUCCAACCAUUCCAGGGGACAGCACACUUGAGUUUGAGGUGGAGGUGAUCUCUCUG